AUUGGAAAACGUUAAUAGGAAAUAUGUACAAUUGCCAUAUGGAAAUGAAAAAUAUGCUAUUUUUUCUUUGUUACAUGCUCACAUAUAAUUUGUAUCCAAUUCCAUACAGAAUGUCCCAGAAACUUUAUAUGAUAGUUCUAUUUGAAGAUGGACUUCAAAUUAUUCCAAAUAAUUGGUACAAUGAAAAAUUAAACACAUCUAAAUGGCCUAAGUUUUUAUCAAAUCAACGGUAUGAUAAAGCUGUUAUAAAUAUGGAAGAGCCACAAUCUACUUGGGAGGAACAUUCCAUUUUGAAAAUAUUUGGAACAUAUACAAACUAUGCAGUGGCGAGAAUGAAAUUAAAACAGGCCGAAGAAUUGUCCGAAAUAGACUCUUGUACUGAACAAGAAGAAUAUCUAAAAAAUACGAGAAAGCUUAGAGCUGCUAAAUAUGACAGUUCAAGCAGUAAAAGCAGUAACAAUGAAGAUGAAAUUUCGUCAGAAAUUUUAUCGGAUCUUCCAAAUAUUCCAUCUAAAUGUUCAGUAACUGUUACUAAAACGAAAAGAAAAUCAACUGCAGAACGAAAAGAUUAUAAACAUGUUAAAAAUUCUAGCGGAAAAUUUGUGAGAAAAGUACAAAUAGACAAUACAUUAAAUGCUGCGUCUAAUUUUACAACAAUGAAGGAAGAAGAUGCACAACUCAGAGAAAAUUUCCGUUUCGAUGAUGAUUUGCUGAUAGGCAAUAUGAAUAAUAAAAAUAUCUUAAAUUCCCCUCUAAUAUCAGGCAACAAAAUAACAAGUCCAAAUGUGAAUUCUAAACAAGAUGCACAACACAUUGAAAAUGUGAUGAUUGCUGAAUUACUGAUAGACGAUGAAGGUAAUGAGAGUUUUAUAAUUCCAUCUACAUCAUCAAAAAAUAAAAGUAAUAGCUUUGUAAUUUCGUCUACAUCAUCAAACAAUGAAAAUAAUAAGAGCUUUGUUAUUCCGUCUAUAAUGUCUACAUCAUCAAUAGAAAACAAUCAAAACUUGAGUUCUAAUCGAGGAGAAUCUCAGGAUUAUAAACAAUUUCUCGUUAAAAAAGUAAUAAAAAUUGACUUAAAAGUCAAUAACAUUGAAAAGUAUUUAAAACUUGUCCUACAAAAAAUGUCAAAUAAUACGGCAGUACCUGAACCUGAACGGAAGGAAAUUAUAGAUAUAUAUCAAGAUUUGCCAUUAAAGGACAAAAAUGAUCUGGACUCAAUGGAAGUACAACUGACUAAUAAUACUAUUUAUCGAGAUGAAAUGAUUAAACAAUUGGCACGUUCAACAUGUAAAGACUUAAAAGCUUCGUGUUUGCGUAUAAUGAAGCAAACAUUUUCCAAUGAGGUGGCAAUUCGUUACAGCUGGUAUGGUGCUAAAAAGAAAGACAAUUUUUCAAAAUUGAUGAUAUGCAAAGUAAUUAUUAAGGUGUUAAGAAAUGCACAUGCUAAGGCAACCGACGAGGAAAUAUCAACUCCACUAAAAAUAUGGCUUGCCCAUGCAAAAGAGCGCAUGGAAAGGGAAAGAGGAAAAGGAAGAGAAAUAGAGUAACUUGAUUGAUGAUAUAGUGAUAUAGUGAUAAAAGAAAAA